AAUUUUUGUUAAGAUAUAUUGAUAAUUUCAUCUAAUUAGAAUCUUAGCAUAACAUUCAAAUGCAUAGUAUAACAUUGUAGUAUUUCAAAAGGGCUGUUGUAUACGAAUAUGCAAAUCUUUACAAGAUUAUAAGAUAUGAAUUAUGAUUCAGCAUCUAAUGCAUACAUAUGUGGAGACGAUGUUGACUGGUCAUAUAUGCCAGAUUACAUUUUACUACAUAUAUUUGGCUUUUUGUCUGUCGAAGUAAUUUUGCAAGCUAGCUUGGUGUGCAGAUCUUGGUACAGAAUUAGCAGAGAUGAAUGUUUAUGGAAACAUUUAUUUCAAAAUAAUUAUAAAGUUGAUAAGAAAAUUGGCAUUCUGCCAGGAGCUAAAUCAUGGUAUUCUGAAUACAAGCGAUUAAGGUAUCAUGUACCAUUGGUUUGUACUGAAUUUUUAAAGGAUCAUUCUAAUCAAGUCCUACAUGUCAGCUUUUCGAAUGAUGGGAAGUUAUUUGCAACUUGUUCCAAAGACGGUUAUAUUUUGGUUUGGAAUUCAGCAUUUCCUGCGUCUGUACGUUAUCAAUAUGACAUGAAAGUGUUUUCAUGGAAAUACACACAAUUUUCUCAAUUUAACUCUAAUGAUACGUUAUUGUUAGUAUCGGGGGUAUACUUUGGUACUCCGCCCAGUACCUCAGGUGAAAUAGCAGUUUUUAGUUUACAAGGUGAUUUUGCAUUGCAAUGUCGGAUAAUUAAUAAACCAUAUGAUAUAUUUGGUGUGUGGUUCAGUGAACAAUAUCUAUUGUCAGGCGAUUUGCAUUGGUUGGGACAUUUAGUUAGCACUUCAGUACUAUGGUUAAAUAAAGCUAAUCAAGAAUCUGUAUCAGAACAUGUGCCAAUUGUUUCUCAAAUGUUUAAAUUUUACAAUAUGAAUGCUAGUAGCGUAAGAAGUAUUAUGAUCGCAAAUUGUAGAUCACAUGAAUUAGAAAAUGAAUUAGCAAUGGACACAUUAACUACAUCUCCAAAGCUCAGUAAAGAAAGCAAUUCACAUUGGAUUAAUAAGAACAUCAUAGAUGAUGAUGAUCUUCCAAAUGCAAGUAUAUCUUAUAAUGUAAAUGAAAAUGAUCGAAACAGCAGUUCUAUAGAAUACAAUGAAGAUUAUAGGAAAAAUGAAAUAGAUGAACAACACGCAAUGAGUGACUCAGACACAUCAACACAAAAUUGUAGUACUUCGUCAAGUAGUUCUCAUAUUAAUAUUGAUAGUGUAGAUGACAUUCGUGAAAAUGAAAGUGAUCCACUGAAAAUAGGAAUGGAUUGUUCAGAACAAGGUUUGUUAGAAGAUGAAAUGCAUUCGGAAAAUGAAGAGCUCUUGGCAAAAGGGCAUGAAAAGUACUUAAUUUUUACAACCGGCUCAAAAACAUAUACCCCUCAUCAAAUUGGAUUCAAAAAGAUUAAGCAUGUGGUCUUUCCUAAAAGAUUGGAUCCUGGUUUGACUUUAAGAGAAAGGAUAGCACGACAACGUGAACAAAAUAAUCAGCCUCCCGUUGAGCUCGAUUGGUUAGAUUAUGAAGCAGUUCAAGACCGGUUUGACAAAGUUGAUCAUCUCAUUGAUUUACAUGGUCACAUCAUUGGAAUGGGCUUAAGUCCAGAUCAUAGGUAUCUGUAUGUGAAUUCAAGACCAUGGCCAGAAGGAUAUGGUAUUACAAAUCCUUUGGAACCACCUCCUAUAGCUCAAGAAAUUGAUAUUCAUGUUAUUGAUCUGACAACGCUGAAACAAGUUGGGACUAUGCUAAGAGCUCAUAAAGCUUAUACGCCAAACACUGAAUGUUUUUUUAUUUUUUUGGAUGUCAGCAAGCAAUAUGUGGCAAGUGGUGCUGAAGAUAGACAUGGCUAUUUGUGGGAUAGGCAUUAUGGUGCAAGUUUAAUUAAAUAUCCCCAUAAAGAUGUAGUUAAUUCAGUUGCUUUCAACCCAAAAGAUUCGGGUAUGCUUGUUACCACUAGUGAUGAUCAUACAGUAAAGGUUUGGAGAAGUUUGCAUAAAGCGAAAAAACUGGGGGUGGAUUUAAAUAGCCCAAGAGGUAUAAGGCUGUCUUGAAACUAAUAAUUUGAAGAUUUUUGAU